AUGGCUGCUGCCCCUCACACUGCGAAUACAUAUGGCCGGGUCGGGCGUUUGGCGGAGUUAGGCCGGCUGCGCACGGGGGGUGGCCAGUGCUGCGGCGAGGGCUGCGCGGCGGGGGGCCGAGCAGAGGCAGAGAAAAUCAGGCCCCGGGGUGGCCGGCAGAGCAACUACCCGAUGGACGCCGACACACCGCCGAAGGACGCCUCCGACGACGGCUACUCCUCGCGGAAGAUCGCGCUGAUGGUCUCGUACCAGGGCGAGCUGCACGGCGGGCUGGCCUGGCAGCCGGACAUCACGCCGCUGAGCACGGUCGAGGGCGAGCUGUUCCGGGCGCUCCUGGUGGCCCGGCUCGUCGAGGGCGCGUCCGAGGCCACGACGGGGCCAGCGUGUGGCGACGAGACGGAGUGGUGGCGGGGCGGGGUGGAUCUGAAUCGGUGGGGGUACUCCCGUGCUGGACGGACGGAUGCCGGGGUGAGUGGCGCAGGCCAGGUGGUGAGCUUGUGGGUGCGGAGCCAGCUGGCGGCGGUCGACGGCCCCUUCGGCUUCCGGGCUCCCUCCCACCCGGCCGGCUCCCCCCCCUCUGCUCGAUCGGGGGACGCCCAGGAACUGCAGUACCACAUCAUCCUCAACUCGCUCCUGCCCAGCUCCGUCCGCGUCCUCGCCUGGUCGCCCGUCCACGCCGACUUCGACGCCCGCUUCUCCUGCCUCGCCCGCCACUACAAGUACUUCUUCGCCCACUACGAGGCGCCCCUCGCCCCGCCCCUCGACAUCCCCGCCAUGCGUCGCGCAGCCAGCCGGCUCGUCGGCGAGCACGACUUCCGCAACUUCUGCAGGAUCGACCCGUCCAAGCAACUCGACAACUUCCGGCGCAGGAUCAUCGAGGCCCACAUCUCCCCCGUCCUUCCUCCCUCCAUCCCAGGAACCGCUCCUUCCGGACAGUGUCCCCAGUCGCUGGCGCCAGAGACUAAUCCGCUCUUCGUCCUCGACCUCGUCGGCACCGCGUUCCUCUACAACAUGGUCCGCCACAUCGUCGCGAUCCUGUUCCUGGUCGGGAGCGGGCUGGAAGACGAGACGGUGGUGGACCGGCUGCUGCACGCGGACCCGAGCCGGCCGGCCCCCUCGUCGCUGGUAGAGGCGGUGGAGAGCAAGCCCGAGUACGGCCACGCGAGUGCGCUCCCGCUGGCCUGGUGGAAUAAGGUCGGCGCUCGCAGGCUCGCUAAGCGCCAUCCCCUAUAA